AUGGCUUCUCUUUCUAAGCUGAGUCCAAUAGACUGGCGUUCCCGGUUCUAUCGGAAGUCGACCAAGUACGCCAGCCUAUAUACACUACACGGUAACUCAUCAGUGGGAGACUCCAUUGACGAUGGCCACAACAAUGGCGAAGGUCUCCUCGAGAAAAAUGGGAUCCCCAGAGAAUAUCGGUACCGGGAGCCAUGGUGGAAGAAGACCACUGUGCUGAUGGUCGGCCAUAUGAUGCUGUUCACUGUGUAUGCCAUUGUUUUCUUCGUGGUAGUGAGCCAAAAAAGCAAGAGCGCAAGAGAGCAAGGGUUGCCCAUUUCCCCAGCCAUUCCUGCAAUACGUUACGAGGCACAUAAAUUCACGCUGGAGGACCGCAUCCAGGAGAAGGGAUCCUUCUCCGGAAAGCCCAGCGCAGAAGUCGACAAGGCAUGGCAUGAUCUCCUGAACGCUGAGAACAUCAUCAUCGAGCCCGAGAUCAUGACCCACUAUGGCCGCGAAGACAUUGGCGUGGCUGUCCCCGAAGGAGACGGCUACCUAGGCACUCUGAAUGUCUACCAUGAGCUACACUGCCUCAAGCGGUUGCACCAGUAUAUGUAUCCAGACUACUACUUUCCUGAUCUGACCCCGGAGCAACAUGAGAUGAAUCGAUUACACAAUGAACACUGCAUUGACUUCCUCCGCCAAUCCUCCAUGUGCCACGGAGACAUCGGUCUCAUCACCUUCGAAUGGCACGAUAAUAGUCAGAUACCUGUGGCAAACGCCACAGUGCACCAGUGCAUCAAUUGGCAGAUGUUAGAUGACUGGACUCGUGCUCGCACGGUAGAUAUGAUGAAGCCAAAUUGGUUGGUGCAUCCGCUUUUCGGAGUUGCGUAUCCAAAUGGUGAGGGCGACAAGAUCGGGGCGGUUGAUCCGCAUGGGCAUCUAGCAGGCCACCAUCCUGGGAAGUAA